AUGGCCGAGAUCACCAUCACCGGGUGGAGGACGCGGGACGUGCGGUUCCCGACGUCGCUCGACAAGACGGGCUCGGACGCGAUGAACGCGGCCGGCGACUACUCCGCGGCGUACUGCAUCCUGGAGACGGACUCGUCGUACACGGGCCACGGCAUGACGUUUACGAUUGGGCGCGGCAACGACAUAGUCUGCGCGGCCAUCAACCACCUGGGCGACCGGCUCAAGGGCCGCACGCUGUCGUCGCUCGUGGCCAACUGGGGCCAGACCUGGCGGCACCUCGUCAACGACUCGCAGCUGCGCUGGAUCGGCCCGGAAAAGGGCGUCAUCCACCUGGCCCUGGGCGCCGUCGUCAACGCCCUCUGGGACCUCUGGGCAAAGACGCUCGGCAAGCCCGUCUGGCAGGUCGUCGCCGAGAUGACCCCCGAGGAGUUUGUCCGCUGCAUCGACUUCCGCUACAUCACCGACGCCAUCACGCCCGACGAGGCCGUCGCCAUGCUCAAGGAGACGGAGCCCACAAAGGCCCAGCGCUUCCAGGAGGCCCUCGGCAACCGCGCGGUGCCCGCGUACACCACCUCGGCCGGGUGGCUCGGCUACGGCGAGGACAAGAUGAAGUCGCUGCUCGAGGAGACCCUGGCCGCGGGGUACCGGCACUUCAAGCUCAAGGUGGGCGGGGACGUGGCGGCGGACCGCAAGCGGCUGGGCAUCGCGCGCGAGGUCAUCGGGUACGACCGGGGCAACGUGCUCAUGGUGGACGCGAACCAGGUGUGGUCGGUGCCCGAGGCGGUCGAGUACAUGAAGCAGCUCGCCGACUUCAAGCCGUGGUUCAUCGAGGAGCCCACGAGCCCGGACGACAUCCUGGGCCACAAGGCGGUGCGGGACGCGCUGAGGCCCUACGGCAUCGGCGUCGCGACCGGCGAGAUGUGCCAGAACCGCGUCGUCUUCAAGCAGCUCCUCAUGAGCGGCGCCAUCGACGUCUGCCAGAUCGACGCCUGCCGCAUGGGCGGCGUCAACGAGGUCCUCGCCGUCCUCCUCAUGGCCCGCAAGUUUGGCGUCCCCAUCGUGCCCCACUCGGGCGGCGUCGGCCUCCCCGAGUACACCCAGCACCUCAGCACCAUCGACUACGUCGUCGUCAGCGGCAAGCUCUCCCUGCUCGAGUACGUCGACCACCUCCACGAGCACUUCCUCCACCCCUCCGUCAUCAAGGACGGCUACUACACCACCCCGACCGAGCCCGGCUACAGCGUCGAGAUGAAGGCCCAGAGCAUGGACCAGUUCGAGUUCCCCGGCAAAGAGGGCGUCAGCUGGUGGCGUAGCGAAGAGGCCCGUCCUAUCCUCGAGGGCGUCAAGCUUUAA